UGUCAGCAACAAGCCAGCCACCCUCCAGCCACAGCUACAACCUUGCUUAUCCUCCAUGUUUUCGAUGAUAGCAGGCAGGGACACAACUCAGCUUAAUGGAAAUGGAGGACGAGGGAUUGAAAGAGAAGAGACCAUUGGGGGAACUGCAGGAAGUAAAAGUGGAUGUUCACUCUGAAGAUCUGGACUUCAUCCACAGUGACACAAGGCCUGUGAUUCAUGACAGGGAUCCCAAAAGAGUCAACACCAGUCUUAAGAUCAUGUUUGAGGAUGUGAUUGCAGAACCCCCCUCUGUGCGCAGCUUUGAUAAAGUGUGGCUCUGGAGUCACGCCCUGUUUGAGGUAUCCAGACUAUGGUGCUACCGAUUCAUCUCUCUCCUGCUGGCUGUGCCAGUCUCACUGGCAGCAGGACUCCUCUUUGCUGUGCUCAGCUGCCUUCAUAUCUGGUUGAUCGUGCCAUGUGUGCAGCUCCUUCUCAUCAAUAUGCACUGGGUACAGACUGUGUGGGCCAGCAUAGCGAACAUUCUUAUCAGUCCCUUCUUUACCAGUGUUGGGAAGUGCUGUGGUCAAGUCACCAUCCUUCUGGCAAAAGAUGAAAAAUGAUAGAAACACACAAUGAUAGAAGUGUUUGGUUAAAACAGAAAUCAUGGUGUAAAAAGAGGUGGACUGCAGACUGCAUACUAAUUCCUUAGAGGGAAAUGAUGAUCUGUAUUUUAACCAUCUCUGAUUGUUCUGUUUUUAUUCACCUGUCAUUUUAUUUGUCAUGCUGAAAUAUUCCUCAAGCUUUCUGCUUUCUCAUUACGAUGUUGUGUUAUGUAUAAAGCUAUUAAGCUUUCUUCUUCUUCUUCUUAAGUUUUCUAGAUAAGGGUAACACAAAAAAGACUUCCUGAGGAGAGUUAAAAUAAACGAUACUAAAACGUGUGGCGCACACACGUAAACGAGAUUCUGCUGAAAGCAAAGUGAAUGAAAAAUAUUGCUGUUAAUUUGCAAAAAUUAUCUACCCAUAAAAUUGAGCCACUAAACAGCCCUCUGGAUGGACUGAUGUGUAUCUGAGGUCGAUGAUGAUGCAGCAACACAAAU